AUGUCGUUGUUGUGGAACAAUUGGCUGCUGGAAGCAGCUACCCUAGUACUCCUCAUUAUUUACUUGAUCUAUCGCUACAUGAUAAGAAAUUUCGAUUACUGGAAAAACCGGGGAGUCGUUUUCGUUCCACCGUCUCCCAUUUUCGGCGGCUUGGCGAAAUUUAUGGUGGGGAGAACAUCAGUCGGAAGGUUUUCAAAGGAAAUUUAUGAUUAUGCACCCGAUGAACCCUACGUCGGAUUCUUCGGGUUCGAUAAACCGAUGCUGAUGAUUCGUGAUCCCGAGCUGAUUAAGCGGAUUUUCAUAAAGGACUUCGAUUACUUCAAAGAUCGAUACGCCAGCGCAAGUGUUCAUGAUAUUUUGGGAACGGCCAAUUUAUUUUUACUGAAGCAUCCCGGCUGGAAACUCCUCCGAACGAAAAUAUCACCGAUUUACACAUCCAAGAGGUUGAAGGACAUGGUGAAACUCCUGGCGGAAGUGGGACAGGGGCUCGCUACUCACAUGGAGCUCCUGGAUUUGAAAGAGCCCGGACGAAUAGUUGAAAUCAAAGAAAUCUGUUCACGAUACGCAACUGACAUGAUUGCAACAACGGCGUUCGGAUUGCAAGCUAACUCACUGAACAAUCCUACCGCCGAGUUUUGGGAAAAAGGAAAUGAAAUGUUUAGAGAUACUUUUUAUCGCAGCAUCGAGCUGAGCUCGAUGUUUUUUGCCCCUUUUCUAUCGACACCGAUGAGAUUCCGUCUAUUUCCGCAAAGAUUUGGUCAAUUUAUGCGCACUGUCAUUUGGGAUACUAUCAACGAACGCGAGAAAAUUGGAUUCAAAAGACCCGAUCUCAUUGAUCUUCUGGUUGAAUUGAAGAAUCAGGAGGCUGAUGAGGCGGAUAAAAAAAUCUUCGAAUUCGCGGGCGACAAUAUUGUCGCUCAAGCAGCGAUAUUCUUCGUAGGAGGCUUCGAAACAUCCUCCACUGCCAUAAGUUUUUCCCUCUACGAAUUGGCUCUUCAACCGGAAAUGCAGAAUCGUCUCAGAAGAGAAAUUACCGAUGCCAUAGAAGAAAAUGGCGGUAGAAUCACUUAUGAGCUGAUCAUGGGGCUUCCCUACUUGGACAUGGUGGUGUCAGAGACUCUUCGUAAAUACCCGACAUUACCGAUACUGGAUCGAAUUGCGGAUUCAGAUUAUCGAGUUCCUGGGAGUGAUCUCGUCAUCGAGAAAGGAACACCCGUUUACAUACCGUUAACGGGCCUGCAUUAUGAUCCUAAAUACCACGAAGAUCCAGAUAAAUUCAAUCCUGAGCGAUUCUCAGACGUUAACAAGAAAUCGACCAAGAGGGCGUGGUAUCCAUUCGGUGAUGGUCCACACAGUUGCAUUGGUCAGAGACUAGGGUUACUUCAAUCCAAAUUGGGACUCAUCGAGAUGUUACGACACUACGAGUUCUCCCCCUGCGACAGGACUCCAAUUCCAAUGGUGUUGACCAGAAAAGGUUUGAUGAUUCAUUCCGAAGGGGGUUUGUACCUUCAUGUGAAAAAACUCAAUUCAUAG